AUGAACCAAGCGGAGAGGCGCCUGUCCCGGUGGCCGCACCGGGCCCGGGGCUUCUCCCGGUACUCGGAGAAGCAACCCCUCAGGGAGAGGAAGAGGAGUCAGCCCAUUUUAGGAGCCAUGCGAGGCAUCCCCCUGCGGGAUGUUCUUUCCAAAUGGAACUGCUUAACAGUGGAGCAUGCUCGUAAAGGAGAGAAGCAGAUGAAGAAGGUUAUAAAAAAGACAUAUGCAGAAUUGCAUGUUAAAUAUGAAGAGGUGAGGGCGAAGUAUAAGGACACCUUCCCCACGUGGAGAGACAAAAGAAUGAAAGUUCUAAAGCGAGUGGGUCCAUUCUUCCAAAAGGGGGUAUUCAUAAGAAGCAUACCAAUUGAUGGGGGGCAAAUGAAGACCAUCCUACAGAAAACUUUUUCACUUGGAGGGAGAGUCUUCUUUAAAAAAUUGAAGCUCCUCUAUCGGGAUGCAAACGUGCCCUACUAUAAAAAUUUAUUUUAUCAUCACUUUGGGAGAGCACCUGUAACGUAUACGUUGAUGUCUUUGCACAUUUUGGUUUUCCUCCUAUGGGUGAAGGCCAAGCCUGGGGAUACAUACAGCUACAUUGGGAUGCCUCCAAGGGGUUAUUACUACCCCCAUUCGAAUGCAUAUACCCCCCUGGGGGGUAGGAAUGCCUCGUCUAAUUACUCCUCCCCCUUUAGGCUUUUAAACUUCCUUACGAUGGAAUUUAUGUACACCCACUUUUGCUGUGGAGUGCAACAGCUGAGGGAGAGGAGACUCUACACACUCGUGACGAACCUCAUCAGCCACAACACUGGGCAGUCCCUCCUGCUGAACACCAUUUCGCUGUUCUACAUCGGCAGGUCCUUCGAGAUGGCUAUCAACUCGAGGAAUUUUUUUUUAACUUAUUUUCUUAGUGGGAUCAUAUCGUCCUAUGUGCAGAUUUGUUACCACAAGGGUGGGCGGUUCUUCUUAUCUCCCACCUCCUCCUCUCCCUACGGCAACGUCUGCGUCUUGGGGGCCAGCGGCAGCAUCAGCUCCAUCCUCGCCACCUACACGCUCAUGUUCCCUCGCAGCAGCAUUUAUCUCUACGGGGUCCUGGCGCUUCCCCUGGCCCUGUUCACCUCCCUCUACGGCGCCAACGAGGUCUACUGCGUGCUGACGGACAAGAAGGACAACACAGGCCACGUGGCACACCUCACUGGGAUGUUCCUGGGAAUCCUCUACUACUACGCCUACGUCAAGGGGAGGGUGCCCCUGUAG